AUGAGUUGCCUGUGUGCUGUGCAGUGCAAGUGCAGCUGGCCUGUUUCCAUGUUGGCAGCUGCAAAGGCCCAAGUUGCUGAGCGAGUCGAGUCUUUUCGAGUCAGCGUCGCCUUUAUCCUGCUCGUCAUCGAACCAGAUUUACGGGCGGCUUUUGUUGUCGACGGUUGUGCACGAUUUAUCUGGGCCAUUACAGGUAGCGUCAUCAGCUCAUCUCGACAUACUUCGCAGGCCCACGUCGACGUGCUCCUCGCUGGAUUCCACUCGGGACGGAACUCUCAUCGACCUAUUAUCCUUUGGAAGCAGAUGCUGAUGGUCAAUCUCGUCCAAGAAUUACAACCAUAG